UAUCAAAAAUUGUCAUUGGUGUACUUAGUCUAAAUGAGUAGGACGCAUGUGGCUGCUAAUAAUAUGCAAAAUAUUAAGAUUACAAGACAUAUCUACUUGAAUACCCUUCAACCUUGUAAGACUAUAAAUACAUGAUGACGAUGAUAUCGCCAUGCAUAAGGAAAAUUGUAGUCUCAUCUUCACUCACAAAAAAAGAUCUCCUAAUAAUCAUAUCAUAUCAUAAGAUGAAGCCAAUUUUGUUUGCAAUAUUCUUGAUUUUGGUUUCGGUAAUAUUCCUUCCCUCCUCAACACUUGCAGCUCCAGUAGUAGGGAAGCGUGGUGAUAAGAAAGAAGCAUAUAGAAGAGGAGGAAGAAGAGCUCCUAAUUCUUAUAUGGACAAUGAUCCAUAUGAAAGAGAAAGAGUUGGAGGAGUACAUGCACCUCCUAAUCCUGUUCGCUUUCAUCCUACACGUCCGGAUCCAUACAGAAGAGGAGGAGGAGGAGGAAGAGGAGGAGGAGGACCACCACAUUCACAUCCUAAGCCUCAUGUCUUAUAGGUAGCGUUUGGUAGAGAGAUAGAGACAGAAAGAUUGAGACUGAAAAAUAGAGACUAACAAAUAGAGAUUGAAAUAAAUUUUAAUAUUCUGUUAGUGUAAAGUAAGAGACAGAAAUUGAAAUAAGAAUGAAAUUCUAAUUUAAUUUGCACAAAAGAUAAAAUUGGAAUUAAUUAAUUGAAAUAAAAAUAUUUUAGGUAUAAAAUGUUAUUAAAGUUUCAGUCUCCAUCUCUAAAAAUUUUAGUCUUUUGUGUCCCCUACUUUUCAAAAAUAUUAAAAUACUAAAAUUUUAGUAUCAAUCUCUAAACCAAUAAACAUGAUACUGAAUUUCAGUCUCCCGAUCUUUGUCAAACGCUACCAUAGAGCUGUUUUUUUGUAUUGCUUUAUUCCUAUUCCUCCCAAUUCUUAUAGAGGAUGUACUAAUAAUAAUCCAUACAAGCGUUUUUUCUCUCCACCACCUAAUAAUUAAGCAUUUAACUCUUCAUUAAUUAAUUGAGGUCAAAGAAGAAGCAAUAAUAAUAAUUCAUAUAUAAAGUGUUUCGUUUUAAUUUGUGUGCCUUGUAUCCAAAUGCAUAAACUUGUAAUAUAUUAACUAGCGUGUUAGAUUUGAGCUUCUUGUAAACUUAAUAGUGCCUGUGAAAUAAAACCAUAUAUUGGCCUUCAAUUUU